CAACCCAUAAACAUAUAGAGAACAUCUAGAUAUGAGUGUUUAGGUACCCCCUGUGGGGAGGCCAGGUACCCCUAGGGGCCGUAGUACCCCUGGUUGGGAACUACUGUCUUAGAACACGUUCUUAUUUACAGCAACGGCCUGAGGAACAGUUACAAGAAGAGCGGAGGGGAUGAAUGUGCCAAUUAAAGGCUGGGGGUGAUUAUGUAGCCCUACAAACCGCUCUUUCUUGUAGCCAGGUGGUCAAUAUUUUACCUUGUGGACAAAAUUAGAAACCUGUAGGCAGUGCGAAUGAUUAUCUGUCUUCGUUGCUUAAUAACAGUAUGGUUUGAACGAAUUAUACACGGAUCAUUAUUCCAAACUGAUUCAGAAAAUGUUAUUUCUGUCUUUCUGGCAGGUUCCGUUAGUAUUGUCAAUAAAAAUAAUAUUUACAUUUCACCGAAGCUCCACGGUUUCUGUCAAAGUUAAAUGCGAUCCACAACGGCGAUUAUGAUAACGUGUUAUUCCAUUCAAUUCAAUGGGCUUUACUGGCAUAAUGUUGCCAUUUUCAACAGUGUUGCCAAAGCAUUUUACGUAUUAUUUCAAUCGAACUUUUACUCCAUUGUUAAGUGGUCGGCACUAUGAAGAGAUUUAUUGUCAAAAACAAAAUAGAGUCCUUCCUGGGGGAAAUAAAACUAAACUGUUACAAUCCGAUAGCAUGCGGAAGACAAGCACUGGGAAUUAUUUUUCAUUGGGAGUGGAAGUUCAGCUGCCGGUUCAUUCUUACAAAAAGCAGGAAAUCCGUUAAAAACUGUCAAACUAUCUGUCUCUUUGUAAGGACACACGAAAUCGUUUUUAAAUAUUUUUUUCUGAGGCAAGAAACAUGAUGAAACAGAGAAGCUUUUGUACGUCCCUCUGGCAAUGUUAUUUUGAGUAUUCAACACCGAAAAUUCUUGUCAUAAGGAGCUUCAAGGUUGGAACCCUGAACAGAUUUACCCAAGCUUUAGUGAUUGCAUAUAUAAUCGGGUAUGUCUGUGUGCUGAAAAAAGGUUACCAGGACACGGACACAGUCCUUAGCUCUGUCACGACCAAGGUGAAAGGCAUUGCCCUGACAAACACCUCCGACCUGGGCCUGCGCAUCUGGGAUGUGGCAGACUAUGUCAUCCCGCCACAGGAGGAGAACUCCUUCUUUGUUUUGACAAACCUGAUCAUCACUCUGAACCAAACCCAGUCACGCUGUCCAGAGAGUAACAGCACAGGUUUUUACUGCACAUCAGAUAGGGACUGCAGGGUUGGACUCCGUGACACCCGAGGCAACGGUGUUCAGACUGGAAAAUGUGUUAAUUAUUCAGCUGAUGUUAAGACAUGUGAAGUUUGGGCUUGGUGCCCGUUGGAGAUGGAUGCCGAGCCACCAGUUCCUCCGAUGCUGGGAGAUGCAGAGAACUUCACAGUGCUUAUAAAGAACAGCAUCCGGUACCCAAAGUUCAACUUCAAUAAAAGGAACAUCUUACCUCACGUCAACACCAGCUAUUUAGAACACUGCGUAUUCAAUCGAAUCACUGACCCAGACUGCCCGAUCUUCAGGCUCAAAGACAUGGUCACUGAAGCCGAAGAGGACUUUCAGACCAUGGCUGUCCAUGGUGGGGUUAUGGGUGUCCAGAUCAGCUGGGAAUGUAAUCUAGACAUGCCGAGCAGCUGGUGUGUACCGAAGUACACUUUCCGUCGCCUGGACAACAAGGACCCAGUGAAUAAUGUUGCGCCUGGAUACAACUUCAGAUUUGCCAAAUACUACAAAAAUGGUGACAAUCAGGAGACAAGAACAUUAAUCAAAGGGUUCGGAAUACGCUUUGAUGUCAUGGUUUUUGGUCAGGCUGGAAAAUUUAACAUAGUACCAACACUGGUGAACAUCGGUGCUGGUCUGGCCCUACUUGGCUUGGUGACUGUUGUUUGUGACUGGAUUGUCCUGACAUGCAUGACCAAGAAAAACCUUUACAUGGAACAGAAAUAUUCUUAUGUUGAUGACUUUCAAUUGCUUUCCAGUGAAACACCGUGAAACCAUGGUGAAUCAUAUAUAUAAGAACAACAUAAUAAACAGCAUAACAACAAAGAAAAUGGAUACUGCGUUGUUCCAGAUCAAAGGGAUUGUCAAAAUACCAGACUGUCCCUUUAAAGCCCCCUUUUCAUGACUACGAUACUACAGUCUUCCAAAGCCUUGCAACUUACUAACAGUGCUGAAACACUAAGACACAAGUUCUUGUAUCCUUCCUAUGGUAAAUCUGUGGGGAUGGAUUGUUUUGUGCAUCAUUCUACUAUUUGGUUAAAUUAACUUUAACUGAAUAAAAUCAAAAUAUCUAUAA